CAAUAUAUAAAGGAAAUUGUCACCAUGUUAUGUUCUCGUCUUCAGAUCUAUAGAAUUCUCCUGGAUGACCCAUCAACCAUGGGGAGAGACAGGAACAAGAUGGCCGACAGGAUCAUAAACCUCACCCUACAGAUACUCUUCCGGCUUACUGGAGAGGAUUACACAGUAGUGAAGAAGUCCUCUAGUGGGCGCUGUCGGGCCCCUGUGUGUGAAGGAUGGGGAAGAACCCUGAGCCCAAUCCCGGGGCCUCCACCUCACUCCCUGAUACAUGAGGAAAUGGAUGAACAGAAGAUCCGAGAACUCAUCAACAAGAUGGUGGAGCUGCUGACUGGAGAGGUUCCUAUAAGGUGUCAGGACGUGGCGGUCUAUUUCUCCAUGGAGGAGUGGGAGUAUGUAGAAGGACACAAGGAUCAGUACAAGGAUCAGGUGAUGAUGGAGGAUCAGCAGCCCCUCACAUCACCAGUCAGAUCCAGUAAGAGAACAGCACCAGAGAGGUGUCCCCGUCCUCUUCUUCCACAGGAUGAUCAGGGAGAAGAUCUGAACAAUAUUAAUGCUUCAAACAUAAAGGAAGACGAGACAGAUGUGAGCGGUGAUGAGCAGUAUAAGGAGGAAAUUCCUACAGGGAAAGAUCUGAGCUAUGUUAAUGCUACAGACAUAAAGGAAGAAGAAAAGACAGAUGUUAGCGGUGAUGAGCAGUAUAAGGAGGACAUUCCCAGAGGGAAAGAUCUGAUUUAUAAUAUUACUACAGACAUAAAGGAAGAAGAAGAAACAAAUGUAAGCGGUGAUGAGCAGUAUAAGGAGGACAUUCCUAAAGAGUGACUGUGUCCUUCCUCAGAUGUCAUCUGGUGUUGUCUGCUCAAUGAUCUGAUUGUGUCGCCUGUACCUGGCAGACGUCACUAGCUGCUCCAGAACACUGCCUGAGUUAUAAAAGUGGUGUUAAACUAAAACUUUGCCAGGUUCACUUUGAGAACUAAUGCAGUAGACAGGUACGCUAGCUAAUGCAGUAGACAGACAGUUUUUGGAGCCAGUGUGACUUUCAGCUCCGGUAUUGGCAGCUAAUUAGAGACACCUGUCACGUGCUCAGGACUUUCAAAGAGGUAACAAGAUUUGUAAGCGAGGACAACAGUGGAAUUGUCAUGUUGGGCAGGGAACAGUGCACUCCUGCUCUCCAGAUCCACUGUCCCUGCCUACUUGCAUAAUCGCCCCAAAAACAGCGAUUCCACAACUUGGAGACAGUCCCUGUUCUGGACUAAGUGCAGGGGCAUCACAAGUCUAAACAAUACACAAUACAGUACAGGUCAGGGAGAAAUGGUCAGAAAACAAGGGGUAAACCUGCACAAGAUACAAAACACAAAUGGGAACAAACAUACAGAGAGAGAAUUGUCAGCAACCCCCUUCCUCAAGCCAAAAGAACUACAAAAGUGCCAAAUCGUCAGACAAAGGGUUAACCAAAGAACAAAAUGAAAAUACCACACCAGAGUCUGAAAGACAAGUGAGAGCCUUUAUAGCCAAGAUCAGUAGGGUGCGGAUGCCAAGAAGACUCACCAUUGGCUAGACGUCCACAACUCCUGAUUUAUGAUGAUGAAGCCAAACCUCAGAAAAGUUUAACCCUUUGGGCAAAACCAGGUCCAGUCAUUUUUAGAAUUAGUGAUGUAAUGCCGCUUAUAAUUCUUCUGGAGGAAAUGCUCACGGUGAGAAUUGAGGAAGAAGAGAUGGAGGAGGGUUCAUAUCUGGCUGGCAGCAGUAUGGAUGUUCUCCUUGAAGAGGAGCUGGAUGAGGAGCAGGAGGAAGUGGGACCUGAGGAGGAAGGUUUGGUGAUGGGAUAGGGGACGAGAAACCUACAUAAGGGGACAAUGAUGAUGACGACGACUAUGAUGAACCAUAGAUUUGCAUUGAGGGGGCAGGAUGUGAUGUCAUGAGGGGGCGGGGCUAUGACAUCACGAG